ACAACAACAACAAAAACCGGUCGGAUCCUAACCCUCAUUCAGCAGGCCAAGUCCUGCCCCGCCACUCUGCGUCAGGGAAGGUUGGGGCGCCCGGGGACCCACACCGAAGACUGAGGGCGCUCCGAGACCGCCUCUGCGCCUGCGCACGGCACAAUUUGCUACGACACUGGAUGCCCACACGGAAAACCUCCCAGGAAGUGACGGCUCCUCCGGAACUGAUUAGUUGGUAGUUUGUCCCGCCCUUACGCGUGCGCACUGUCAGCACGGAAGCACGCCAUGGAGGACCAAGAAGCGCUGGGUUUUGAAGACAUGGGGCUGGAUCCCCGGCUCCUGCAGGCCGUCGCCGACUUGGGCUGGUCGCGACCUACGCUGAUCCAGGAAAAGGCCAUACCUCUGGCACUGGAGGGGAAGGACCUCCUGGCCCGCGCCCGCACAGGCUCCGGGAAGACGGCAGCUUACGCUCUUCCGAUGCUGCAGUUGCUUCUGCACAAGAAGGCGACAGGUCCCGUAACGGAACAGGCUGUGAGAGGCCUUGUCCUUGUUCCUACUAAGGAGCUGGCCCGGCAGGCCCAGUCCAUGAUUCAGCAGCUGGCUGCCUACUGUGCCCGGGAUGUGCGCGUGGCUAAUGUCUCAGCUGCUGAAGACACAGCUUCUCAGAGAGCUAUGUUGAUGGAGAAGCCAGAUGUGGUGGUGGGGACCCCCUCCCGGAUAUUAAACCACUUGCAGCAGGAGAGUUUGAAACUCCGAGACUCCCUGGAGCUGCUGGUGGUGGACGAAGCUGACCUUCUUUUUUCCUUUGGCUUUGAAGACGAACUCAAGAGUCUUCUCUGUCACUUGCCCCGGAUUUACCAGGCCUUUCUCAUGUCGGCCACUUUCAAUGAGGACGUACAAGCUCUGAAGGAGCUGGUACUGCAUAACCCGGUCACCCUCAAGCUGCAGGAGUCCCAGCUGCCGGGGCCAGACCAGCUGCAGCAGUUCCAGGUGGUCUGCGAGACCGAAGAAGACAAAUUCUUACUGCUCUACGCCCUGCUCAAGCUGUCACUGGUUCGGGGCAAAGCCUUGCUCUUUGUCAACACUCUGGAGAGGGGCUACCGGCUCCGCCUCUUCCUGGAACAGUUCAGCAUCCCCUCCUGCGUGCUCAAUGGAGAACUCCCGCUGCGCUCCAGGUGCCACAUCAUCUCACAGUUCAACCAGGGCUUCUAUGAUUGUGUCAUAGCAACAGAUGCUGAAAUCCUGGGACCCCCAGUCAAAGGCAAGCGGCGAGGCCGAGGGUCCAAAGGAGACAAGGCCUCUGAUCUGGAGUCAGGUGUGGCCCGGGGCAUAGACUUCCACCACGUAUCUGCUGUACUCAACUUCGAUCUUCCCCCCACUCCGGAAGCCUAUGUUCAUCGAGCUGGCAGGACAGCUCGAGCCAACAACCCAGGCAUAGUUCUGACCUUUGUGCUGCCCACAGAACGGUCUUCCUUGGGAAAGAUUGAGGCGCUUCUCAGUGGAGAGGGCGAGGCUCCCAUCCUGCUUCCCUACCAGUUCCACAUGGAGGAGAUCGAGAGCUUUCGCUAUCGCUGCAGGGAUGCCAUGCGCUCAGUGACCAAACAGGCCAUUCGAGAGGCGAGAUUGAAGGAGAUCAAGGAGGAGCUUCUGCACUCAGAGAAGCUCAAGACAUACUUUGAAGACAAUCCCAGGGACCUCCAGCUGCUACGCCAUGAUCUGCCCUUGCACCCUGCGGUGGUAAAGCCUCAUCUGGGCAAUGUCCCUGACUACUUGGUUCCCGCCGCUCUUCGUGGCCUUGUGCAUCCUCGAAAGAAACGGAGAAAGCUGCCCCCCUCUAGGAAGGCUAAGAAGGUGAAGACCCAGAACCCACUGCGUGACUUCAAGCACAGGGGAAAGAAACCUAAACCCACAGCAAAGCCCUCCUGAGAUGGCCUGGGCCUGAGGACACUGAAUUGGCAUCCUGACCUAGAUGGAGUGAGUGGGCUCCCCACUCUUUGUGGGAACACUCUGAUGCUCACUGACUGGACAGACUGUACUUUGAAGAAGCAGCCUUGGGCACCCCACCUCCUUGGUACUGCUGGGCUGCCAUCCUGCUGCUUAACAGAAUAAAGAUUCUGGCUGCCCAGGCUGUGAACCUCUGGCCUUUGGAAGAGACUGCUUUCCCAAGUCUCGUGAGUUGGCAGACUUUCCAAAGGUGGUAUUGUCUGGCUUUGCUGCUGCAUGUAGUACCUCGAUUGGCCAACAGAGGUCAGCUGUGGAAGCCAUGAGAAGCCUGUCCUGAUGCUGCUGGUCCAGUGUUGGGCCAUGGCUGACCCAGAGCCCUGUAGCUAGUUCCUGUAGCUCUAUUGAUCCAGAUCAGCUGAUAAAUGGAUUUGUGUUCCCAGGUAAGGGCAUUCCUGACCACUAGCCCCUGGAUCUCACCAGCACAUUCAUGUUCACAUUCAGAGGGAAAAGUCACUGAGCCCUGGGAGCCAAGGCAGCUGGCUUCCCUUCCUGGAUGAAAGAUGUGAUAAUUCUUGUCUGUUUCAGAUACAUGAGUGGUAGUAUAAUGAAUGCACACCCAUGACACCUGU